UGAUUAGAUUCAAUUAUUAUGAUGUUCAUUGUUUAGAUGCAAAGGUUUACGUAUGUACAUCAAAAUAACGAAGUCGCGUAAAUUUGUUACGUAUUAGACAUGUCGUACGGGUUAUUUACUAUCUUGUAGUGUCACUUAAUUAUUCGAAAGAUCAUUUUCGGAUUUAGUGUCGUCAGGUUUUCGGUGACGUUAGUAGUAGCAGAAGAAUCGCUGCUUUAAAUAUUAUCCAUAUACCUACUUAGGUAGAUAAGUGCACAGCUGGAAAAUUAUUUUUAAAAAUGUGGACAAAAGGCAUAUUAUUUUUUACCAUUUAUUUUGUUAAGGGAAUUCAUUGUGAACUUUCUAACUUGUACUUCCCCGAUGACUUUUUGUUCGGGACAGCAACAUCAUCUUACCAAAUCGAAGGAGCAUGGAAUGAAGACGGUAAAGGUGAGAACAUAUGGGAUCACUUAACUCACAACCAUACACAUUUGAUACGAGACCGAAGUAAUGGCGACAUAGCAUGUGAUUCUUAUCACAAAUAUAAAGAAGACAUUGCCCUUUUAAAAGAUUUGGGUGUUUCUGUUUAUCGUUUCUCAUUUUCAUGGUCGCGAAUAUUCCCCCAUGGUCAUCCUUACAAACCAAAUCCUGCAGGAAUUGCACAUUAUGUAGCUUUUCUUGACGAACUUGCGGCUAACAACAUUACGGCAAUGGCAACCCUAUUCCAUUGGGACCUCCCUCAGCCGCUACAGGAACUCGGGGGAUGGACGAAUCCAAGAAUUGUCCCGUGUUUUGCUGAAUAUGCCAAAGUAGCCUUCGAAAAUUUCGGAAGCAAGGUAAAAUAUUGGAUAACCGUAAAUGAACCGCACCAGGUCUGUCAGGAGGGAUAUGGGAGUGACAAUUUGGCACCAGUACUUAACAUGUCUGGUAUUGCUGAUUACCAAUGUGGGCACAACCUCAUAAAAGCUCAUGCAAUUGCAUACCAUAUCUACAACGAUACCUACAGACACCUAUAUAAUGGUAAAAUUGGUAUUACAAUUCACGGUAUUUGGUAUGAACCACAAACGCCCAAAGAUGAAGAGACAGCUGACCGCAUGAUGCAGUUCAAUUUCGGAUGGUGGGCCCACCCCAUUUUUACAAGUCAGGGUGAUUAUCCAGCUGUAAUGAAGGAAUAUAUAGCAAAAAGGAGUACGUUACAAGGGUACAAACGGUCGAGGCUUCCAGAAUUCACUCAGGAAGAAAUUGAUAGCAUUAAAGGAACAUCGGACUUUUUGGGAUUGAAUCACUACACUUCAUAUUUUGUCACCGAUGCAAAAAUAAACAAUCUUGAUACGCAUUUCUCCAGUGAUCAUCAGGUGCAAGCUAAUGCAAAAAUUUCAUGGGGUUCAGCAGCUGCUCCAUGGAUCAAGGUUGUACCGUGGGGUUUUCGUAAAAUUCUGAAUUGGUUACAAAAUACAUACAAUCCAAGUGAGAUUCAUGUCACGGAAAAUGGCUUUUCCGAUCACGGUGGGUUAAAUGAUACUACAAGGGUGUCAUAUUUUGGGCAAUAUCUUCAAAAUUUAAAUGCAGCUAUUGUAUUGGACAAGGUCAGGGUAAAAAGUUAUGCUGCUUGGAGUCUUUUGGACAAUUUCGAAUGGCUAGAUGGAUAUGUAAAUCGAUUUGGUAUGUACGACGUUGAUUUCUCGGACCCCAACAGGCCAAGGACUCCAAAGGCUUCAGCACUGUUUUACAAGGACGUAAUUAGAAACCGGAGGGUAGGAGAGUUUGUAAAAGUAAAUUAAAUACAAUCGUUCGUUUUAAUCGAAAAAACAAACUUCGAAACUGAAUAUCACUAACUAAGUAACAUUUAUUUGCCUCUUUAGCGGUUUAAUUAAACAAAUGUUAUUUUUGCUAAUAGAUACAUAUCUAUGUAAUUUUUUGUGUAUUAUGUGUUAAGUAUUUCAACGUGCAAAGUUCCUAUCAGUUUACAAGUAAAUAAUUAAUAAGUACGUCUAUUUAGCUCUUGGUCAGAAAUUUAUCGAAAGCGUCAAACAUGGAUCGCAAUUUCGAUCUCAUCAGCGCGCCAUACGCAGUCUCAAAAAAUUAUUGACCAAACUGAUCAAAUCUAUAUAAUUUCUAAGUAUAACGCCAUCUGGUGGGUAUUUGCUGGUAGUGAAGUAUUUCAUAUGUUGGGCAAGUUAGUACUUUUGCAAUUUCUUGUCUAACACAUAAAAUACUUCAGUAGCAGUAAAAGCCUACUAGAUACCUACUUGUAUAUUAUAUAAUUAAUUUUAUGUUAUGAGUUUUCACUGUAAUUUUAAAAAUACUGCAUUCUUUUUAGAAAGUAUAAGUUAUAACUUGAGAGGUAUACCUCCACUGAUUGUUUACACAUAUUCUUGUUAUGGACAAAAGCAUUCUCGUAAACAAAGAUUGUUAAUAGAUAAAUGAGCAAAUACACGACAAAAAAGUU